CAUUUCAGUCUGUUGCUAGGAUACAGAGCGCUACACUACUCAGCAUAAGCUAUACCGAGACAUCCGGUAGCUUUAAAAACAGGCGUAAAAAGUUGUUUGACCUCAGGAAAACGGGAAGACUUUACCUAACACAUUUUCUACAGCCAGGAGACCACAAAAAGGAAGGAAAGAAAUUUGCUAAGAAAACAGGAAAAACACAAGGACAGGAUCUGGAUUUCCUUAAAUAAAGAGAAGGAACACACAAGACCAGAGCAACAGAAGAACAAGAACGUACAGAAAAGGAUGAAGAAGACUCCUAGGACAGAAGCCAGUUAUGGGCUUAUCAUACACAGACAACCAAAACAGCAGAAGAACAAGAGCAAGCGGAUAUUGACGAAAACGCCUCAAACGAAAGGCACAAACAAGGACGCUGAUGCUCCAGUUCAGACCACAUUAGAUGGACACUUAUUGUUAGUUUUUUGUCUUCAUCUGUAUCUCCAGUUACACUCUGUACGUAAGCCGUCCCACCUCUGCUCUCUCAACAUCAGUGAGCAAAAUCUGACUUCUGUUGAGCCAGAAGAGCUGAGGGACUUUGUAAAUGUAGCCUACGUCGAUGCGUCUGAUAACUUCCUCUCUUUAGGAUCAUUCAGCUGCUUCACGUCUUUGAGAGAACUCGAUCUGACUUUCAAUAGAAUCAAAAACAUGGAUUUUGAUGUUGCUGACUUCCCUCAUUUAGAGGUCUUAAAUUUGUCCUUCAACCUCUUAUCAGCCGAGGUUUUACUCCUGUUAGGUCAGUUUCCACGUCUUAAAACUCUUCAUCUGACCGGAAAUCAGCUCAAGAGUCUUCCUCCCAAUUUUGGUCCCUCACACAGCGACCGGCCUGACAUGCUGUCUGAAGAGGGAGCCAAACCGUUUGAGGCUCUUGAAGUACUGAUGCUUGACGAAAACAGACUGACCUCUAGUGUCUUCUACAGCCUUACCAACCUGAAGAGGCUGAAGCAUCUAAACCUAGAGGAUAACUGUAUCACAGAAAUACCUUGUAAGGAAGUGAUGGAGAGUUCAGAACCUGCUUUGAGGGAAGACGAAGAGGAAGACAUUGAGUCUAAAAUCGACCACCGCAUUCAGAUGAUGGAGAUGCUUCAGGCGCUCAGGGAGGAAGGCUGCAGGCGUCCCGGUGUGUUUCUGCCUGAGCUUCAGUGCCUCAAUCUGGCCAACAACGAGAUCGCCUCAGAGGAAGCCGUGGCUGCUGCUGCUCUUUUCCCAAAGCUCUGCGAAUUGGAUAUUGGCUGCAACCCUCUGACUGCACGGAGCGGAAGAGAAACGUUUUUACUGACUUAUUUCCUUCAAGACAAGCUUGGGAUAAAGAUGAAGAGAAAGAAGCAUGAAGAUUUUGCAAAACUUUUCCCACUGAAGCCAUUUGAGUCGGACUCGACGUCUGAGAGACCCUUUCAGGACAACAAAAGAACAACGAGUGAUCCGAGAACAAUACAGCCCGAGGGCAAGAGUCAGGAAAACACAAAACUCUUCUUCAUUACUCAGUCAGAAGAUGAAGCCGAGCAGCUUCAGCUGGCUUCUCUGUCGACUCAGGACGAAUCUGCAGAAGACGGAGCCCGUCCGGGACGACCCAUAUGCUACGACGUGAUAAUGGAUGUAGAACCACUUCCCAACAUCGGAAUCCAGACAGCUGUUCGGAUGCUGGAUCAAACACUGAGGAAUCUGAACAUCUACAGAGACUCCAAACCCAGGCUUGAUAGCAUCCAGACGCCGUACACAGAAAUGAAAAAGAGGAUAAAGGAGCUGCCACCUCUGAGACCAAUAAUGCAGCCGGUCCAAAGAGUUGAGGAGCUGAUCAAGGAAAUAAAAGAUAGUAGAGCAGCCAAAGUUGUUUCCUUAGGCAGCGUUUUGCACAACAGAGCAGCAAACAGUAAGGACUACAGGGAAGCUCUGUUUCUGCUGAGGAACAUGAAGAAAACACACAGGAUGGUCCAUGACAGAACAAUGGAACAAGAAGCCAGACUGCAGUUUGAACUUCCACAUUAAUACAUGCUUUGUUGAUGCAGUAGCUUCUUUUUUAUAUAUAUAUAAUUUUUGACCAGAUCUGGACCCUGAUACUGUUGCUGUGAGUGGAGUGCAGUAAAAUCAAUCUCACAUCAUAGACAACAAGUCAUGUUGAGCUUUUAUUUAUGUUUGAUUUAACAGCAAGUAGAUUCUGAUCUGUUAACAAGAGACCCUGAGAACGAAAGCCAUAGAUUUCAUCCAGAGAGUCACAGUUCCAGGUUGAUCUGUAGAGAAAAUGUGUCUGCAGUUGUGACUUCAUCUGCAGAAAAUGUAUUUAUCUUAAGCUGUCUUUCUCUGACGGUUCGGGGCAGCUGCCUGCACCACAUCUGCGAUCGCAGUUAGUCCUCUAAAUGUGCAUUAUAUGCAUCGAGCAGAACUCACUUUGGCCAGAGCUGCUUUUUAUUUCUCGCAGCGCGAGUUCAAUUUGUAAGCUUUGAUGCAUUUCUCGAAUCGUGGCAAAACGGAAAAGGCCUUCCUUCGAGGUCUGCAGACUCAUUCGAGUUGAUUCUAAUCUGGUAUUUGUUAUGAUUAAAAUGUCUUGUUGGUUGUA